GCCAGUAUACAAAUGGUGAUUGGAUGUGGAACAAUGAACAGCCCCAAGGAUCCCCAAGGAGGAGGCGGAGGCGGUGGCCCCCAGGACGGCGGUGCAUCGGCGGGCGUGUCCAUCAGCAUCGAGAGUGACGACAAUGACUCGACCACGGCGGAAAACGACUACCUGCUGCCCACAACUGGAGGGGGCGGCGGUGGAGGAGGAGGAGGCGUUGCCCUUGGGGGAUCAGCUAACACCAGCAUCAACCUGGAGCACGGCCAUGUACCCACGGCCCGAAGCAGCAGCCUGAGCGGUGGGAACAACAGACACGGCAACAUCCUGUCCACCUUUUUGGCCCGACAGCGAUCCUAUACGCCGGCCAGCAACAGCAGUUCCCCGGUGCGGGUGACCACACAGAUGAACCGCCGGCUCCAGCAGUCCCGCAGCAUGGGCGCCAACACCGGUGGCAGUCUGGAGGAGCCUCCCAGUUCCGGUGCAACCGGUGGCCCAGGACCAUCGCCGGGAACGGCGGCAGGUGUGCGGCAAAUGGGCUUCUGGCGCGUCAAUCUCAACGAUGUCUUCUCCCUUUCCACGGCCCCUUCGACGGAGGCGCUGCGCUCCUUUAUUACACAUUCCAAUUUUAGGUAUCCACCAGCUGCAGCGGCUGCUUCAGCGGCACCAGGACCUCAGCCAGCCGCCAAUCCUGUAGACAAUUCGCACAUACUGCUCAGCCAGCAGCAGCAAACGCUUCCAGAGCCAGUCAGCCCUCUGCGUUUCAGCCGCGUGACCGGAGGAGCUGGGCCCAGUGGAGCUGGUCCCAUGGGCAGAAGCAUCUCUCUUCGCGAGGGCGAGAUGCGGCACAAUCAUGGCCUUAACGGAGGACGGCACAAUGCCAGUAUGAUAGGACUACACAGCAAUCCGGUGGCCUUCGAGGAGCACGAACUGAAUGAGAGCGAUGAUCUGGGCGAUGGCGGUGGGAACGGGGAAAACGGAGGCGGAGGAGCAGCUGCCAAUCCCCAAAUAGAGGCCCCAGAGAAUCAUCCAGAGGACGAACACCUCAUCUCAGACGACAUGGUGGUGCAGAUUUUAAGCCAUUUUGUACGCUACCUGCCGCUGAUCUUUAUACUGUUCAUCAAGUUCAUACACGACCAUCUGUUGGGAAUUGUUGAUCUCCUGGUGCUGCAGACGGUAAUGUACAAUGUGAACCGAUCGGUGCGUAAUCAGGUGGCCCGACUGGCCCAGAAGAACUACGCCGUGAUGGUGAGGGAUUCCUGCCUUAUUGGGGUGGUUGUCGCAGUGCGUUUGUUUCUGGCCACUGCCCCACCGGAUCCGUUGGGGCUGAUUGUUCCGCCGCCCCGGAAAUACUUUACGAUGGAGAUCACAGCGCUGCCUUAUCACACGAGCUCCGAAGGAGACAAGUUGCUGACUGGCCAUCCCACAACUUCAUCGGAGACCCUCAAGGGCUCCAUUUCGACGGACACGUACGAUGCCCUAAGGGUGAUCCCGCUGGGCAUGUUGCUUUAUUACAUUGCUGUGAGCGAUCUCAUUUUAAAGCUGUUGACAAUGCUGGUCAAACUUAUAAUUACCAUGAUGCCGCACCAUAUAAUGAGAACCAAAGUGCGGGCCCGUCUUUACGUCCUGGUGGAAUACAUCUCUCAGUUCUAUCGGGCGAUGACACCCAUUUCCCAGUGGUUCCUGUUUCUGUACGAGUCCUAUUCGGGCCUGGAGGUAGUGUCCGGCGGACUUUUUUCCGCCCUGUACCUGGGUGCCAAGAUAUUCGAGCUGGUCGAGCGCGGCAAGUCGCUUAAGAAAGCUAUUGUGACCUUUAGAAAAAAUAUUGACUCUGAGCGAGCGCCGACCAAAGACGAGCUGGAUGCCGCGGGCGCCCUGUGUCCCAUUUGCCAUGACGCCUUCAACACCCCCACUGUGCUGGAGUGCGGCCACAUUUUCUGUGAUGAGUGCGUCCAGACCUGGUUUAAGCGCGAACAGACCUGCCCGAUGUGCCGGGCGAAAGUCAGUGACGAUCCAGCCUGGCAGGACGGCAGCACCACCUUCUUCCAUCAGUUGUACUAGCAGCGCCACCAAAGAAAUUUCCACGGAUUUCGCGUGUACAUAUAGUCGCUAGCUAGCCUUUUGUUUAAUAAAACUGACAGUUAUUAAUUAUUACUACAAGACAUGAAA